AUGUAUCGCACCCGCGUGUUGGCAGCGUUGCUUGCUGCUGUCUCCCUAACCGAUGCCUACGAACUCGUUAACGGCAACGUGUCACAACCGACAUCAAACGCAGCUUUCAACAUCACUCUCGCCGACUACCGACUUCUCGGCUACAAUGGAAACGACACCCGGCUCACCCAUGGCUUCGUCCAGACCGACUGCGGUGCGAAUCUGAGCGUGCACUACACCAACCCAUCCGUCUGGGGCAACCUCACUGGGACUGCGAGCAGGCCGAUUCUGAUCUUGACCCACGGCUAUCCAGAGAGCAGCUACAUCUGGCGCGAUGUCACUCCAAUCGUGUCCACGCGUGUGCCUGUAUUCGUUGCUGAUCAGCCCGGCUAUGGGCUCAGCACGGCCUGUUGCAACUCGACAGGCUGCGCGUACGACAAACGCACAUACGCUCAAUCCAUUCUGCAGGCCGUCAACAAAGUAUACGGGAACGUCAAUGUCAUAUACGCAGGACACGACCGUGGAGCGCGGACUAUGCACCGCGCGGCGGUCGACAACAACUUUCCAGGGAUCACCGGUCUGGGUUUCUUCGCAGCAGACAUCGUUCCUUUCAUCGCCGAGUAUGCGUCCUUCUCGAACCCAGUCUACGCCCAAGGAUAUUUCCACUGGGCGUUUUUGCCCAAAGGCAUGUACUUCCCAAAGACACGUAUCAACUCCAAGCAUGUUAACACACCCGCAGGAGAAUUUGCAACAGAUGUAAUCAUGACCUACGGAGGCGGCAACUGGGUACGACAGAUUCUCGAAUACGGCCAAGGAGAAAAUACACAAGGCAUUGAAAUCUUCAAGAGAGGACAAGCCUGGGAAAUCUACAUCAACUUCUUCAACCAACUCUCCGUAACCAACGCAUCCGUCUUCGACUACCAAGCAGGCGCCUUCACCGACUACGACGAACAAGUCGCCGACCAGAACGCCGGCAUCAAAGUCAAACUCCCCACACACAUCCUCUACAGCGAAUACAACCUCGGCGCGCAGUUCGACGUGCAACAAGUCUGGAGCAACUACACCGAUCCGAGUGCGAACCUUACUGUGAAAAGCGUGGGCGAUAAGAAGGGACAUUUUAUUAUUGAGGAGGCGCCAGACGAGACGGUCGCGCAGCUGAAUACGUUUAUGGAUCGUCUUGGAGUGAGCGAUUAG